AGCCAUCGCCUUUUACCAUUGUUUCACGUAGAACUGGCUCUUAAAGAAAACAACAAAUAAAUCCUCGAGAUUGAAACUCUGCUUGAUACCAUAGCGGUGAUCGAAUAACCACAUGCAAAACGCAAUAGUAUGCCCCAAUGCUACACAUGUCAAGCUUAUGACCAUUCGCGCAACUACUGCAGUCUACAAUGCAGCACACUUACAAUCACUUAUAGAUUUUGAGGAUGGUUCACACAACGUGUACUUAUUUUAUAAACAUCAAACCUUAGACGAAUGGAAUGACGCAAUUUUUUUUGGAGAUUUUCAAACUGAAGCACAAAAAGUGCAUGAAUUUAUUAAUUUACAUGCUGUAAAGGGGUUAAUUCUGGAUGGAAUAGAUGAUCCUCUUUUAUCUGAAGAUGGUGGCGGCAACUUUCACAAGAACUUUGCAGCCUAUGUAACGGCUAUUAAAACUGAAAAUCCAGAUCUGGAAAUCGGGUUUUAUUUGAGUGCAAGACUUUUCAUAAUAAAUGCAAAUGAGACGGAAAAUUCAACUUGGUUUGAUUUUUGUAAGAUGAAUGACGUUUUGGAUUUCUAUGUCAUUGAAUUUGCUACUUUUAAUAUAUGCUCUGAAAAAUUUUUACAUGGUGGAAUAACUCCUCUUCAAACAAAUUCAACAAAUCCAGACGAUAUGACAUUAAAUACAUUUGCAGCUGUUUUAAAUCAAUCUACCAUUGCAAAAGACAAAGUUUAUUUUGAAUUUUUAAUAAGCCCUAUACCGACACCUGAAGAAGUGGGCAAUUUUAAGCAUUGUGAAUUAUCAUAUAACGAGUAUUGUGAAAACCACGACCAGUACCAAGAAAUAUGGUGUGUCGAUGACCAGGACAUAUUGAAUAAGAAAGGUAAAUUUGCCAAAGAUUAUUCAAAUGGAUUCAUUGGGAGGGAUAUAGAUUUAGUCGAUCGUGAUAAUAAAUGUGGAUGUAAUAAUAAGUACGUAACGUUUUAUAUGUUAUUAGAUGGAUAUAAUAAUGCAAAUGAUCCACUAACUUGCUAAGCAUUCAAUUAGCCUAUUUAGUCUAAUAAAUACUUGAAUUAAUUGUUAUUGCCAAAUGCUGUAAUUAGGCACAAAAUAUGUACUAUUAAUUAAUAAAUUGUGUCUUCUAUUAAUUAUUUGA